GAGGAGGAGAGGAGGGGCGCGCGGGGAGCGGGCGCGGCGGAGGGGGCGGCUGGCGCCGCGGGAGCUGGGCGCCUGGCUGCGGCGCGGGCGGGUCGAGGGACGCGAUGCCGCCGCCGCCGCCGCCGCCUCCGCCUCCUCGCCGGCCCGGGCUGCGCCGCCGGGGCUGAGCCACCGCUAGAACCGCGAACCGAGCGGCCGCUGGGCGCGCCAGCAGCGCGGGAGGAUGGGCUGCGGCGGGAGCCGGGCGGAUGCCAUCGAGCCCCGCUACUACGAGAGCUGGACUCGCGAGACGGAGUCCACAUGGCUCACCUACACCGACUCGGACGCGUCGCCCAGCAACGCCACCCCGGACAGCGGCCCCGAGGCGGGCGGCCUGCACGCAGAAGGAAAUUUGGACACAGACACAAAGAGGAGAACACCAUGUGAAGACAGAGGCAGAGGUUGGAGUGAUGCAUUUACCAACCAAGGAACACCAAGAAUUGCCAGCAGCCACCAGAAGCCAGGAGAAAGGCAUAGGACAGGCUCUCUUUCUCGGCGCCUCCAGAAAGAACCAACUCUGCCAACAUCUUCAUUUCAGACUUCCAGCCUCCAGAACUGUGGGCUGGAAGAUGGCGUGCCCUCCAACAGCGUGCCCCGAUCGACAGCCCCAAGUGGAAUAUCCAACCCAGAGAAGAAGAUGAGCUGUGGGACCCAGUGCCCAAAUCCCCAGGGCCUCAGCUCAGGCCCCCUGACCCAGAAACAGAAUGGCUUCCGGACCACAGAGGCUAAAAGAGACGCUAAGCGGACAUCUGGAAAGGAAGUCACUAUUAACGUCGCGGACAGCAUCCGACAGGUGGACAGAAGUCGAAGAAUCACAAAGAACUGCGUCAACUAGCAGAGUGUUCAACCAGUUGAAGGGCAGAGGGACUUCUUUGGUGCCCUUCACAUCCUGGACCCCAUCGCGGAACCUUGAAGACGUGGGUGGCCCUUGCUGUGUGGGAACGCUGCUGAGUGCCUUGGGAGACUGUCUUAGCCUGUUGGGACGUUCUCAGCCUCCUAUUUAUCACAUAAAUGUAUUGGCAGAGUACUCCCAUAGGGUAAUAAACUGCAAAUGUAUGUUCAGUUUGCCUCUUGCAACUGCUGCAGUGUGGUCUGAUGGAAAAGUGGCGAGCAAAAGCACGGGCCAGUUUAGGAAAUGGAAAAGUAGAAGGGGUAGGUUCCUGGCUGAAAGAGUCACAGUCGGUUCUGAGCUCUCCUGGCCAUGGUUGUGCGCACUGUUUCAGGCAAGCUUAUUCUUUCAUUCUUCCUUUUUGAAAUACCACCAUCUCAAAGCUUACCGUGUUCACUUAAAAGCUGGCUUUCACCCAACUCUAAACCCACAUGUAUGAGGAAUCAAGAAACAGGAAAACUCUCUGUUAUUCUUGUUUCCUUAGCUCAGGAUGAGACAGAUUCAGAUCCAAUUUUACACAAACUAACCCCACCAACACCCAUGGUGUAUCCCAGGGAGGGCCUCUGUGAUACAGUCACACCCAUUUCUCUCCCAUCUGCCUUCAGCAUCCCCCCGGGCCAGGGUCCACGUCAGCUUCUGAACCAUAAUAUCACAGUAGUGGUCACCUCGGAGCCCUCAAGGCUCAGCAGGCAUUGCAUUUUUCCAGCUUUCCACUUCCCUUUGCUUGUGUUCUUGUGUUUUUUCUCUCCAAUAAGGCCAUUUGCAGUUGUUAAUCAAAGACCAGGCUCACAAGAGGGAGAAAAUCUGGAACAUGUUGGCUUCCCUUUGCCUCUCUGCACAGCCCAGGACUGUAUCAUUUGGUAUCUGCAAAGGAAUCGCUUUAAAAAGUCAGUACCUAGUUGGUGUGCAUUCACAUGGACAUUAGAUCCACAUGCACUGUGUUAGAAAUCUGUAGCUGAGGCAGUAAACAAAACAAAAUCGGUAGGAAUAAAAUUUUCUAGCAUUUCUUUAAACAUGUUAAGGUGGAAGUAUUUUCCUCCGAAGUAAUGUAGCAUGAUUUUUAAAGGACUGUUAACAUGCCUGGAAUUGGGAAAGGUAGGACUAAAGUUGUAGCGAAUGAUACCAAUAAACUCCAUGUUUAGCAGAAAUAGGUAGUCUGAUGGUGUGUGUUUAUCUAUCAUAGUCCGGAGAAGGUUAAAAAUUCAGAUACUUGGCCUCUUUACCUGCCAACUCUGUUAUUCCUCAAACACAAGUGGGCAAUGUCCGUUCCUUCCUUCCUUCCUUCCUUCCUUCCUUCCUUCCUUCCUUCCAUGGAUUGUAUAUUUAUUCAGUAAACAUUAAAUGCCAACCCUGUGUCAGGCACCGUGCAGAUGCUGAGAGAUUUGGAGUCUGGCCAGUCAUGGUUGUAUAUCCUGAAUUUGACAGUGAACUUAAUAACUAGGGGCCUGGCUUAGACGCUGGGGUAUAGUGUAUGGUGUGAAUUGCUCUGCAGUGUAAUCUUAAUUUUAUAGCCAGGAUAGGUUUCUGUCCUAAACUCCAGAUCUGGGCAUUCUCCUAACCACUGUCCAAGCCUUUACUAUGCACAAAACUACACUUUCCCAAACCUUUGUCAUUUUGUGAUUCUUUGAGAAAGGGCUUUUAGGAAACUUCAUGUUCCGAAACUUUUAAAUAUAAUAAUAAAGCAAAACCUGUGACUUCCACGACCCCUCUGGUAUGAUUCAGCAGGAGCCACCCACUGCCAGAGUUUGGCAUUGAUCCUGCAAGUUCAAGGGCUU